GUGUUGAGCUGAGCUGAGGAGGAGGAGGAGGAUGUUAUGGAAGUGACUGAAACAGACACAGGGAUGUUAACGUUAAUCAUGCACAAAUCAUUUACUGCUUAUGUACAGAGUUCUGAAUGACAGAGGGAGCUGCCAUGGUGAGAGUGCUGAUGGAGCUGGUGCUGGCCAUCCUCUGCCUCCUGUCAGUAGUUUCUCGGGUCCUCAGUGUCUCUGGUGAACAUUAUGGGAUUAACAAAACUCACCACCACGAUUACUGCAUACUGGGGGCUGGACCUGCAGGCCUGCAGAUGGGUUACUUCCUCUCCCGGAGUCACAGAGACUAUAUAAUAUUAGAGCGAAACACUGGACCUGGAAGUUUCUUCCAGAGGUAUCCUCGACAUAGAAAACUUAUCAGCAUCAAUAAGAUCUACACAGGGAGACAAAACAAGGAAUUCAACCUGCGUCAUGACUGGAACUCUCUGCUGAGUGACCAGCCGGACCUGCUGUUUCAGAGAGUCAGUGAGGACCUGUACCCUCACGCUGACGCCUACCCCCUCUACCUCUCUAUGUUUGAGAGAGAGCUGGGACUGCGGGUUAAAUACGCCACUGAUAUAGGAAAAGUUCGAGCUGCAGAUUUCACUGGAAGCAAAGGCUACAUACUGACUGAUCAGCAUGGGGCAGAUUAUAAAUGCAGGGUUCUGUUUGUGUGCACUGGCCUGUGGGUUCCUCAGCAGGUGGAUUUUGUUGGCUCUGACUUGGUGGAAGGCUACGAGUCCAUUCCCACAGAUCCUGAGGAUUACAAAAAUCAGGCUGUGUUGAUCUUGGGCAAAGGAAACUCCGCCUUUGAGACGGCGCAGAGCAUUUUGGGCAGAGCCAGCCGGAUCCACAUGUACAGCCCGAGCCCUGUGCGACUAGCCUGGAAGACACACUAUGUUGGAGACCUCAGGGCGGUGAAUAAUGAACUAUUAGACACUUACCAGCUAAAGUCUCUGGAUGGUUUAGUAGAGGGAGGACUGGAGGACAUUGCCAUUGUCCGUAGGGGACAAGAUGGAGGGAAAAGUAGGAGAACUGGGGGAAAAAAGAGGACUGUUAAAUCUACAGAGAGGAAAGAACAGUUCUACCUUACUCUCUCUGAACUUUUGGAUAAUCGUAACAGCAACAAAAGCGGUAACAUUACUGCUGAAAAUCUGCCUGGAUAUCAUGACGACAACUUCUCAUUACGGCAACCGUAUGACCGAGUGAUCCGCUGUCUGGGGUUCCGCUUCAACUUCUCCAUCUAUGACGGCUCAGCUCGCCUGCUGCACAGCAGUUGUGCUCGUGGCCGCCUUCCAGCAUUAACUGCGUGGUAUGAGGGCAGGGGAACCCCCAACCUGUUUGUCUUGGGAACAGCUGCCCACUCCAGAGACUACCGCAUGUCCGCUGGAGGCUUCAUUCAUGGGUUCCGUUACACAGUGCGUGCAGUGCAUAAGGUGUUGGAACAGCGUUACCACAACAUUGCUUGGCCAGCUACCAGACUGUCCACCAGUCAGCUGCUUUCCUGGAUUUUGAAAAGAGUGAAUGAAGCUUCUGGACCAUACCAAAUGUUUGGGGUGUUGGGGGAUGUUAUACUGCUACAGGGCUCUCACUGUGAGUAUCUGGAGGAGUUUCCAGUGCAGGCCAUGCCUCAGUUGUCCACUCUGUCAGGCCGACUUGUCUCAGAACAUGGCCUCCUUGUCCUGGUCAUGCAGUACGGACUGAACCGAACCGACACACUCGGGCCUGGCCGUGCUGAGUCCGAGUGGACCAAAGCCUGGAAGUCCAACUUCCUCCACCCGGUCAUUUACUACUACCGCAAACUUCCAACUGAGAAAGAUAUGAAGCAGCGUCCGGUUGGUUGGCCACUGCCGCGUCCUGAUGCUGUGCAUCACAUGGUAGAGGACUUCCUGACCGAGUGGGAUCAGCCCAUCUCUCACAGCCAGCCACUCAGGCACUUCCUCGAGCACUGCCUUCAGACUGAUCUCAGAGCAUUCUAUGCAGAAUCUUGUUUUCGACUUUCCCUAACCAGUCGCAAGCCGCCCCUGUUCUGCCAGCAGGGCUACCUAAACAAACAGGGCUUUGUGGGAAACAGCCACCUGUGGCAGCACGCCCGAGAGGCUGGACUCAUGCCAGCUCAUCAGGGCUCAGUUACUCCUGCUGGUGACGGGACGUUUUCUGAAUUCCUGACCCACGCUGGUGCUGCAGUGACUUCAACAAUCAACUUUGACCUUUAAACGAACUUAAACCAAAGACUAAAUUAUCCGUGGUUCUGAAACUCGGUACUUUCUGUCUAUACCUUUUUAUGGUACUUCAUAAAUGCCUCAUAUUUUCAUCCAGGAUUAUUAUUGUUAUGUUAAAAAUUGUUAGAAUUUGAUAUUAGCAGUUCUUCUCUAAAUAAUGAUGUGUAUAUGUUGGGUUGGGUUCUGCUAUGAAAUACUUAAUUUAUUUUUUAUACGUGCCAGGUACUGAACUGAUUUUUUAAAAAGGACUGAUACAUGCCAGUAUUGAGUGAGGAUUGUUACAGAUAUACUGUACAAGCUACAGUUUUAACAAGAUAUAAGGGAACAGUCACCCAGACUUUGAGACAGUGAACAUAUUUAUAAUAAAAUUAGUUAUUGUGAA